AAGUGUGCUACAAGUGGUUUAAUUAUGUUGUGCCACAGAAUCAUAGACAAUUUAAUAGGUUUUCAAAUUCAUUACAAACACCUUAGAUUUUCCAGCCACUUUCCUUCUGUCCACAGGAGGCAUUGAGAAGCCUGUCAUUGUGUUUGGUAGGCUCAGUGGAGAGCAUUUCUUGACGUUUGGUUCAUUUCUUGACGUUUGGCUCAUGAACUGAACUGGGUUCCUUUUGACUCUGCUACUCUGCGCAUGUCAUGAUUUUACCUCCUCUAUAUUCCCGGCUCACAGUUUCCUCAUAAUAAAUGCAUCCAUGGUAAUGCACGCUCGUCCAAGUAACUUUUGAACCAUAUUUGUGGUCUAGAUUAAACUAGAGUCCUAAUUCUUCCUUGUAACCUGCAUUCUGAGAUUCCAACACGUGCAUCCUGGAGUAAUAGGAACUGUUAUCUUAGUUUUGGCUCUUCUAAGAUUGGGGGGUUUAAACAACAGACAUUUAUUUCUUACAGAGUUGUGCAGCCUGGAAGAUCAAGGUACCAGUAUGGUUGGGUUCUGGGGAAGAUCAUGUUGUAAGUUUCAGACUUCCCAUUGUGUUGUCAUUUGGUGAAAAGAGAAAGAAGUGAGUGCUCUCCUGUCUUAGAAGGGAAUUAAUCCCAUUUGUCAAGGCUUCAUUCUCAUGACCUAAUUGCUUUCCAAAGUUCCCAGCUUUUAGCAGCAUCCCUCUGGGGGUUAGAAUUUCAACAUAUGAAUGUUGGGGGUAAUCAAACAUCUGGUCUAUAGCAAUGCUCCAUUCAGAGACGUUUUAUACCUGCUUUCUAUGCCAGAGUGGGAGAAUCUACACACAGAUUGCAGGGACUGAGGGCUGAGGAGCCAACCUAGUCAGCUCUCUACUUGAGGAAGAGUCCUAGGGUUGGCAGGUAUUUUGGAAUCUAUUUUGUAUUCUGUCUGUGCACAAUAUGAUCUUAUGUGGAGUAACUGACCAAUAAAUACUCACAGGUGAGCAGAUCAGCUGUCCUGAUUGAAGACUGUGAUUCUAAGCCUUGGGAUGCUGACAUACCCCUACUCUUUUCCUAUUUGAUCUUUUUUAGUUUUUUAAAAUCUCCUCUGCUCAAAUGUCAUCUCUUCCCAGAAACUUUCAGCAGCUUUCACAGCAGAAUUAGAUUCAUCUUGCUUUAAUGUCUUCUUUUCUAACUACUGAAUUAGAUGUCUGUAGUCGCUAUGGCAACCAUGCAUGCUAUCGUCUAAGCUUCACCUUGGAUUUGAGAUUAUACAGACCUGGUUUCAAGUCCCAACUCCAUGAAUUACCAGCUGUAUGUCCUCAAGUCACUUUUCUGAAUUUUGACUUCUUCAUGAGUAUACUGGAAUGAUACUGAACUCACAGGGUUUUUAGAGGGAUUUGAUCAUCAUUGUCUGUUUUCAUGUAUUUUCAUCACACCAAAACCUUAAAAUUUGAAAUCAUAUUUGAUUUCUUAUAGUUCCACAGCACCAAUUACAGAACUAGACUUCUAAGAGAUUCUCAAAUGCUUUUGUGGGAAAAAAAAUGGAUGGACAUAAUAGUAGUAUGUGCUAAUAUUUACACAGUACCUCUCCUGGGUCUGGCCCACUUCUGAGUACUUAGAAUAUAUUAACUUAUUAAACAUGUAGCAAUGACUAUCAAGGCCAUCAUGGAGUUGAAUCUAGCAUUUUCCCUGAACGUGGAGCUAAAAUUACAAUAAUGGUGUGUGUGUGUGUGUGUGUAUGCGUGUAUGCGUGUGUGCAUGUAUGUGCAUAUGUAUGUAUGUGAUAUGAAGUUGUUUGAUUCCAAAGAUAAGGUCUCAACACAAUUGCUAAGUAUGGAAAGAUUCUUCACAUAGCCUUCCUAGUACUAUUUUCCUCCUUGCUUUGAUGUUUUCCUGACAACAUUCCCAGAGCUAAUUUAGCUAUGCUUGUCAUCUCUGAGAGCAUGCAUGAUGAAGACCUUUUAUAAUCAAGCAUGGGUCUUCUGUGUCCCUCCCUUGGUGCCCUAGUAAAUAACUGGCAGCUCAAUGUAAUAAACAAAUGAUAGUGGCAGUCACAAAACAUAGUUGAUGUUUUCAUCCAUACUGUUAAUAUCGAUCAUCAGUGCUUCACUCUAAAAUGAGCAAGAAUUUGAUAAUAUGUUUCCAGGUUGACACUCAGUACCUUUUAUGAUAAAGGGACAUUUUAAAAUCUUUUUUUUUAAAGAUUUUAUUUAUUUAUUUGAGAGGUAGAGUUACAGAUAGUGAGAGAGAGAAAGAGAAAGGUCUUCCAUCCAUUGGUUCACUCCCCAAAUGGCUGCAAUAGCUGGAGCUGUGCCGAUCUGAAGCCAGGAGCCAGGUUCUUCUUCCUGGUCUCCCAUUGUGGGUGUAGGGGCCCAAAGACUUGGGCCAUCUUCUACUGCUUUCCCAAGCCAUAACAGAGAGCUGGAUUCGAAGAGGAGCAGCUGGGACUAGAACUGGUGCCCAUAUGGGAUGCCGGUGCUGAAGGUGGAGGAUUAACCUAUUGCACCACAGUGCUGGCCCCUAAAAUCUUAUGGUAAAGACAUUCCAUGUCUUAGCUAUUGUAAACUUAGCUGCAAUAAACAUGGGGGUGCAGGUAACUUUUUCAUAUGCUAAUUUCACUUCCCUUGGGUAAAUUCCCAGGAGUGGGGUGGCUGGGUCAUAUGGUAGGUCUAUAUUCAGAUUUCUGAGGUAUCUCCAAACUGAUUUCCAUUGUGGUUUUACCAGUUUACAUUCCUACCAACAGUGGACUAGGGUACCUGUUUCCCCACAUUUGUUGUUUUUUGAUUUCUAUAUGAAAGCUAUUCUAACUGGGGUAAAGUGAAACCUCACUGUGGUUUUGAUUUGCAUUUCCCUAAUGGCUAGUGAUCCUGAGCAUUUUUUAUGUGUCAUGGCCAUUUGGAUUUCUGCUUUUGAAAAAUGUCUGUUUAAGUCCUUGGUACAAAUUUAACUGGGUUGUUUGUUUUGUUUUUGUGGAAUUUCUUGAUCUCUUUAUAUAUUCUGGUUAUGAAUCCCUUAUUAGUUACGUAGUUUGCAAAUAAUUUCUCCAUUCUGUCAAUUGCCUCUUCGUUUUCUGAGUGUUUCUUUUCCAGCUUCAUUGCAUUGUGGUCUGAGAAGAUGCAAGGUAUGGUUUCAAUUUUUUUUGAAUUUGUUAUGACUUAUCUUAUGGCCUAACAUGUGGUCAGUUCUAGAGAAGGUUCCAUGCACAGGUGAGAAGAAUGUGUAUUCUGCAACUGUAGGAUGAAAAGUUCAUAGAUAUCUGUUAGAUCCAUUUGGUCUAUAAUGUUGAUUAACUCUGUUGUUUCCUUUCUGGUUUUCUGUCUGGUUGAUCUGUCCAUUGCUGAAAGUAGGGUAUUGAAAUUCCCAUUACUAUUGUAUUUGAGUCUAUGUCUCUCUUUAGACUCAUUAACAUUUCUUUUAAAUAGCAGGUGCCCUGUAAUUAGUUGCAUAUAUCUUUAUAAUAGUCACUUCUUGUUGAAUUGAUCCCUUAAUAAUUUCAUAGUGUCCUUCUUUGUCUGUUUUAGUAGUUUUUGUGUUAAAGUCUAUUUUGCCUGUUAUUAGAAUGGCUAUACGAGCUGUUUUUUGGUUUCUGUUAACAUGGAAUAUCUUUUUUCCAUGUUUUCACUUUCAGUCUGUGUGCAUCUUUGUUGGUGAGGUGUGUUUCUUGUAGGCAGUAAAUAGAUGGGUUUUGUUUUUAAAUCAUUCAGCCAGUCUGUGUCUUUUAACUGGAGAGUUAAGGCCAUUUACAUUCAAGAUGACUAUUGAUAAGUAACAACUUUGUCCUGCCAUUUUCCCAUAAAUAUUCCUUGAAAACAGGGAUAUUAACAACAUAAAAUGUGAUAUUCAUGACAAUGAUCAUAAAAUGGGCAAAGGAGCAUAUAUUGUCAUUUACAUCAUGUAAUUCAGUGAAGCAAUACAUAUAAUUAUCUAUAUACCAAAUAAUAGGACAUUCACAACAUUUUUUUUUAGACUGGGAAGAUCAAGAUAUUUAUCAUCCCCUAACCCUCAAAGGAAACAAUGGUACCAGUGGUGGAGAAUCUCUAGUAUUGUUAUGUACCCUCUGUGGAAGAAAAUCUGGGUUUGAAGUCUGAGAUUGUAUUUCUUUUUUUUUUUUUUGACAGGCAGAGUGGACAGUGAGAGAGACAGAGAGAAAGGUCUUCCUUUUGCCGUUGGUUCACCCUCCAAUGGCCGCCAUGGUUGGUGCACUGCGGCCGGCGCACCGCGGCCGACGCACCGCACUGAUCCAAGGGCAGGAGCCAGGUGCUUCUCCUGGUCUCCCAUGGGGUGCAGGGCCCAAGUACUUGGGCCAUCCUCCACUGCACUCCCUGGCCACAGCAGAGAGCUGACCUGGAAGAGGGGCAACCAGGACAGAAUCCGGUGCCCUGACUGGGACUAGAACCUGGUGUGCCGGCGCUGCACUCGGAAGAUUAGCCUAUUGAGCCAUGGCGCUGGCCUGAGAUUGUAUUUCUACAGUGGCCAUAGCUUCUGGUCUUUGAGGCAAGGUGGAAGGAAAUCUUGGAUUAAGUCGUCUACAUCCUCUUUGGCUAGAAUUCUCUGAACUGCAGGCCAGAUCCAGAAAAAAGGUGACUUCUUACUGGUUAACUGGAGUGAUAUUCUACAUCUCUUUCUCCUUACAUAUGGAGAGCUGAUACCUGUGCAAUGACUGAGUCAUGGCUUAGAGGCAUCAAACAUUUCCUGUGUAGUAUGGAGGCUGCAAUUCAAAAUUAUCUACUGAGAAGUGAUAAUUAGGUGCUAAAUGUUAACUGGAUUACAGUAGGGAUUGCUCCUACCAGCCAUUUAACACCUCAUCAGGGGUUGGACCCUGCAUCUUAUUUUCUACUUUUUCUUCCCAUGCAACUGUCUAUUUCUGAUCUUUGUUCAACAGUUUGUAUUUUAUUUUUCUGUCCAAUUUUGGGACAGCCACAUUUGUUCACUUGCUUGAUUGAAUCAACAUGCGUGGUACACAGAGAGCAAGCUUUGACUCCUCUAAGAAGAUUGAAGGAGCCAAGAGGCUAAGAGUAUCUCUCUAGAUUUUUCCAAGAAGGCAAAGAAUUAUCUGAACACCUCAUGGUAACCAUAUAUUGCUACUUCUCUACUUGCAGAAUAACCUGUAGAAACUUUACGAGGGUUAUUUGGUAUAUGAUGUGUCAAGUAUUAUACAAAAUACCAUCCAUGUGCCACAAGUGUGGAAAUUCGAGGUGUGCGCAGAUUGAAGAUUGUACUUAGACUGGAAUGGAUUCAGCCCAUAUUCUGAGCCACUGUGCUGUGCUGUGGCUACUCAUUCACUUCAUUCUGGGUGCCUCCUCACACUUAUUUGGCACAGUGGAUGAAAAGCUCUCAUAACUCCCCAGUUACCAUUCACAGAACCAGGAAUGAGGGCUAUAUAUACUCAUCUGCAAGAAGACAGACUCAGAGUGUCCAACAGGAGUGGGAAGGAGUGUUUUCAUGAAGCUAGCUGGGAAAACUUCCCAGGAAAAUCAAAACAUUUCAGUCUAUUGAUGCCCUUUACUUUCCCCAAAAUGCAAGUUAGGAUUAAAGACUCACAGAUAAAUGGGGUUAAGUUUUACAGAAUAUACACUAAUUUAAAAAAGUUUGGGUAGACAUAGAAGUGGAGUUUUGAGGGUGUGAAAACACUAUUUCUUCAUUGGUGUUUCAGAUCACUUUAAAUGAUACUGUCAAAAGGCUACAUGCUGGAGCGCCGCGUGGGUCAGCCUGCGCACCUCCGGCAUGGCAGACUUCUCCAGACCUGCGGCCUCCAUUCUGUCUCUCAACCCAGAGAAAGACGCACAGUUUCGGAAGGAGGAGGAGCAAGUCCGCAAGCACGUCACCCAGAAAAAAAAGCAAGAAACCCCUACUCCUGGAGUAAUCUAUGUGGGCCACCUACCUCCAACACUUUAUGAAACCCAGAUUCAAGAGUGUUUCUCCCAGUGUGGCACUGUUACAAGAUUCCGACUGUCCAGAAGCAAAAGGACUGGAAAUAGCAGAGGCUAUGCCUUUGUGGAGUUUGAGUCUGAGGCUGUUGCCAAGAUAGUUGCUGAUACAAUGAACAACUACCUUUUUGGUGAAAGGCUCUUGGUGUGUCAUUUUGUGCCACCUGAAAAAGUACAUAAGGAACUUUUUAAAGCAUGGAAUGUUCCAUUUCAUCAGCCAUCAUACCCAGCAGUGAAAUGGUAUAGUCGGAAUCGGACACUUCUACAAAAGCUACGGAUGGAGGAGCGAUUUAAAAAGAAAGAAAAACUACUCAGAAAGAAAUUAGCUAAAAAGGGAAUUGAUUAUGAUUUUCCCUCAUUGAUUUUACAGAAAGGGAAAAAUGUUGGAAGCAUUGAUCUUCAGAACUCUACAAAUGGCCAGGUGGUAAAUGUACCUUCAAAGAAGAAGAAAACUUCUGGCAUACCCAAGAAGAAAAAAAAGACUUCAGGUACUGCUAACACUCCUGAGAAGACUGUGGACAGCCAGGGCCCCACACCAGUUUGCACACCAUCAUAUUUGGAGAGACAAAAAUCUGAAGCAGCUGAAAUGAAAGAUGAUGAGAAAUAGUUUUCAGACAGCCUGUAUCUGAUGUAAAAGAAGAAACACAAGAGACUCAAACAACUGCACGUUCAGGGAAGAAAAGAUGAAGAAAAAGCAAUCUAUGAUUC